GUCUUUAUUAAAGUUAGUUGACGUAGCACACGCCCAUCCUGUUGCCUAGCCGUCAGAGCUAAAGUGAAACUAAAAUUCUCGUGACACUUCUGAGUCCAAAUUCGCCCGGAGAGGACGAGCACCGCAAUCUUUUCCCCCUAAAACGUCUCCACGCAGCUCAAACCUGUUCUUCGUCAUGGCUGACACACUGAGGAUUGUCCUGCUGGGGAAAACUGGAUGUGGGAAGAGCAGCCUGGCCAACACCAUCUUGGGGAAGGACGUUUUCGAAGUCAAGAACUUCACCAGCUCAGCGGUCACUCACUGCCAGGCAGAGACCCAACAAGUCCACGACUGGAGCCUCACUGUGGUCGACACGCCUGGCUUCUUUCACUCUGGACUGUCUGAGAAGGAGCAGAAGCGUCAGAUAGAGAGGUGUACCUCAGAGUGCGCUCCUGGGCCCCAUGCUUUUCUCCUCGUGCUCAAAGUGGAGAAAUUUACAGAGCAGGAGAGACGGGUCGUCAGAAUCAUACAGGAAUGUUUCUCCGCAGAGGUCUUUAAGUAUUCCACUGUUGUUUUCACACACGGCGACCAGUUGGCGGAAGACAUGAAGAUCGAGGAGUUUGUUGGAAAGAACCAGCAGCUGAAAGAUCUGGUGGAGAAGUGUGGAGGGAGAUGCCACGUCGUCGAUAACAAAUACUGGAAAAACCAACAGGACGAGGUCAGAAACAACCGGUUCCAGGUGCAGCAGCUGCUCAACACCGUCAGGAAAAUGGUGACAGAAAACCACGGCGGCUGCUACGGCACAAAAAUGCUGCAAGACUGGCAGAAACAGAACCAGCAACCUGUAGUCCGCCGUUUAUUUCAGACUGUUAUGACAUAUGUGAGACCUGUGUUCAUUUUCAGUGUGAUAAUUUUAGGUAUAAUUACAUGGAAAAGAUGGGGAGGACAACCUACAGAAAUCAAUAAGGACCAGAUAAUUGGGUUGGACUGAUUACAGAAUCUCUACCAGUGAUCUCAACCUGACAGCAGCUCCAUCGUGAUUUGCUGCUCUGAAUGUUUCUCUAAGAGUAAAAAUCAAACCUCUUUGGUCCCACUGAAAUUGUUAUCCUAUUUCUGACCUAAUAACCACAAUAUUAUGGAUUUUAUAAUCCGUAAUACUGCAUAAUUAUAACAAUAACAUGUUAAUAAUGAAUUCAGUUUGAUUCGGCUACAGGGUUUUUUUUUUGGCAGAGAUUUCUCUGUUUUAACUUUGUUCAAGUGUUAAAUUUUUUUUAACAGAUAACUGGAUUCACUGGUCUGGAUGGCUGAACAAAACCACCGAAUGCGGCGCUGCAAAGCUUUUGACCAGAAAGUGAUUGAAUAUUUGAAUUACACAAUUAAAACCAAAACAUACCCAUUACUUUUUUUGUAGAUAGAUUUUGUUUAAGUUAAGUAAAUUGAAUUCUGAAGCAUCGUUGUCCACAGGUGCUUCUGUUUUAGCGUUUAGCAUUUCUGGCUUUUUUUAAAAUUAUUAUUAUUGUUGAGAAUGUCUUCCCAUAUUUACGUCACUCUGUUUAGUUUGUAAUCUAGCUCAUAUAUUCUGUUCUCUGUGCAUUUUGAUUUAAACUCUGUUGUUAGACAUUUCCCCUCCUCAUGUACAGUUCCUGUUAGACUUUAUCAUCACUCUGUCAUUUAUAAUGUUUGUUACUAUGCAAUAGCCAGCCCCGCCCUCUCCUCUCAACUCCUCGGGGCUGACUACUGACCAGUUCUCUGUCUAACAGGUCCGGAAAAUCUCUUAAGACCGGGGUCUUACCCUGAACAACAUCUUUGAGAUAAUCUGUUUAAACUGGUGGCGAAAGAAACUUUGCCUCCCUCCCCAUGUGGGUGUACAAAGAGAGAGAGAAAAAGAGCAUCUGUGCGCGGCGCAAGCAGGAAGCCAGAACCUGCGUCACCAUGACCCAACCACGAACUAAUGCACUUAUGACACCUGCAACCCGGGUCAUGUCGACCCAGGCGUAGGACUUCUUUCCUGAGCAGGUGGUUUGACUCUGAGCAACAGGAAGCCACCCGACCUCCACCAGAUAGCUACAUCCUCCAAACUCACAUCUCAAGUUCAGAAUAAAAAUCACAUUUAUAACUUAUUUUACUUCUCUGAUUUAUCAAUCAUUCAUAAUGUUAUGAUAACUAGAAUUUAUCAUAAAAUUUAUAAUUAAACUUUCAUGCUAAGUAAUAGUCGGAACUAUUUUUAUAAAUCUGCCGGCUGGAAGUCUACUGUUUGGUCUAGAUUUUCUCUUAAGUGAUUCAUUCUAAAGAUAACUAUAACUAUUGUUAACUAAAAAUUCAGAUCAAUCAAGUUUUAUUGGUUUAGAAAAAGGAGAAAAGUAACCAGUGACAGGAUAAUGGAAAAAUUUAAUCUUAAUUUUUUUGCAAUUCAAUAACCAUAGAUUACUUGAUUUUGGUUUAUCGUUACAAAGAACAUACUAAACACAGAGAUUACACCUUAAGAAAUCAUUAUUAAUCAACACACAAGGCUGUGGCAGUCUCCUAGGCAUUUUAUGAUCGUUUGUUCUGCUUUGGCCUGGACAGAUCUCACACUCACAUACCAGAUUUCUUGACAAUUGUUUUUUUUUUUCCCAUAAUCCCCCUACUAUAUGCUUUUCUCCAGCUGUUGCAUUGAAUGAAAAACAAGCAAAUUUAUUUUUACUUUCAUGUAAUUAAAUAUCAUUUCAUAUGUAAAAUUAUUGCCAAAUCAAAUUGUAUGUUUGCGGCGGCCUCAAUAUGUCAGACUGUUGAACACAACAGUAAUAAAGCCGUUGCUUUCUAAACAGAAA